CCGGCCGGCCAUGAGCGAGAAGCAGGUGAGGCAACUUCGGGCUACUCGAGCCAGAUCGCGCGCGCACUGGGUCAAGGAGAACAUCGGCAACUUCGGUGGCGAUCCCGACAAAGUGACCAUCGUGGGCCACGGCACGGGCGCCGCCCUCGCCAACUGUUGCUCAUCUCGCCCGUCGCGAAGCGAGGCCUGUUCCCCGCGCCAUCCUAAUGACGGCUCGGCGCUGAGUCGCUGGGCGGUGACGUGGGACCCCUACACGUACACGAUUCAAGGUUUUUAG